UCCUUGACGACGAAUUCCUGCGCCAAGAAGGCGAGCUCGCCGGCCGAGUGGAGACGCAGUUAGCUCCGGACAUCCUUGGCUUCGAUCGGCGGCCUACGUAGGGUGUCCUCGUCGUCCCGGCACAUCGGAAAGGAAGCAGGAAGUAGCCGCGGGACGAAGGGUUAACACCGAGCCAGUUGAUUCGCCGAUACAUGUGGGCACCUGCCGGUUAGAACGGGCCCCGAAGCGAGACUUUUAGCCAGAGAGUUUCAGGAAGCCCCGGCUCGUCUCAAACACAAGCGGCCCAGGCUCCGAGAGCCCAGAAACACCAUGCAGAUGGAUUCCACGACGGUCCAGCUCAUUCAGGUCCUCGAAAAGACCGUUUCCCCAGAUAAAAAUGAGUUGGUGGUGGCACAGAAUUUCUUAGAGCAGGCGGCGCAGUCCAAGUUUCACGAGUUUGUGCGGAGACUGAGCGAUGUACUCGUCACUGCUGCGGCGAGUUCGAUCGCUCGCAUGGCAGCGGGUUUGCAGUUAAAGAAUCAGUUGACAUCCAAAGAUCCCAUAUUAAAGACUCAGUAUCAACAGCGAUGGCUUGCUAUUCCCGCCGACACCAGGGAAUACAUAAAGAAAAAUAUUUUAGGUGCUUUGGGGACGGAGGAGAACAGGCCAAGCUCUGCGGCGCAGUGCGUUGCUUAUGUUGCGGUGGCAGAAUUACCUGUUAACCAGUGGACCGAGCUAAUACCUCUUUUAGUCAGUAAUGUAGUGAAUUCUAGUAGUACCGAGAUGAUGAAGGAAGCAACCUUGGAGACGAUAGGCUACAUUUGCCAAGAGAUAGAAAGCGAAGUACUCGUCACCCAGUCUAACCAUAUUCUAACCGCCAUUAUACACGGUAUGAAGGGAUCGAGUACGUCGAAUCAUGUCAGGCUCGCUGCGACGCGGGCUCUCUUCAAUUCUCUCGAGUUCACCAAAGGAAACUUUGAAAUAGAGACAGAAAGGAACUUCAUAAUGGAAGUGGUGUGCGAAGCAACUCAGUCUAGUAACACGCAGGUCCGAGUAGCCGCCUUACAGUGCCUCGUUAAAAUAAUGUCUCUUUACUAUCAAUACAUGGAGCCAUACAUGGGACCUGCUCUCUUCCCGAUAACGUUGGAGGCGAUGAAGUGCGAAAUCGACGAGGUGGCCCUCCAGGGCAUCGAGUUCUGGUCGAACGUGGCCGACGAGGAGAUGGACCUGUCGAUGGAGGAGGGCGAGGCCAACGACGGAGGCCGACCACCGGUGAAGGUGUCGAGGCACUACGCGAAGGGCGCCCUCCAGUACCUGGUGCCGGUGUUGAUGAGAAUGUUGACGAAGCAGGAGGAAUUCGACGACGAGGACGACUGGAACCCCUCCAAGGCGGCCGGGGUGUGCCUGAUGCUCCUCGCGUCCUGCUGCGAGGAGAGCAUCGUGCCGUACGUGCUGCCCUUCGUCAAGGUGAACAUAAAGAACCCGGACUGGCGGUACCGGGACGCGGCGGUGAUGGUCUUCGGCUCGAUCCUGGGCGGCCUGGAGGCGAACACGCUGAAGCCGCUGGUGGAGCAAGCGAUGCCGACCCUGAUCGAGCUGAUGUACGACCGGAGCGUCGUGGUGAGGGACACGACGGCGUGGACGUUCGGCCGGGUCUGCGAGAUGAUCCCCGAGGCGGCGAUCAACGAGACCUACCUGAAGCCGCUGCUCGAGUCCCUGGUGAAUGGGCUGAAGGCCGAGCCGAGGGUCGCGGCUAACGUCUGCUGGGCCUUCACCGGUCUCGCCGAGGCGAGCUACGAGUCGGCCGAGGGGACCAACGACGGCAACCAGCCGGACACCUACUGCAUGUCGCAGUACUUCGACUUCAUCAUCCAGAGGCUCCUGGAGACGACGGACAGACCCGACGGGGCCCAGGCGAACCUCCGCUCGGCGGCCUACGAGGCCAUCAUGGAGAUGGUGAAGAACUCCCCGAGGGAUUGCUACGUCACCGUCCAGAGGACCACCAUGGUCAUCCUGGAGAGGCUCCAGCAGGUUCUCCAGAUGGAGACCCACAUCCAGAAUAACUCGGACCGCGUGCAGUUCAACGACCUCCAGUCCCUUCUUUGCGCGACCCUGCAGUCGGUCCUCCGCAAGGUAACCGCGGAGGACGCCCCGCAGAUCUCGGACGCCAUCAUGACGGCCUUGCUCUCCAUGUUCAACUCGAACUCCUGCAAGGCCGGCGGGGUACAGGAGGACGCGCUCAUGGCCGUCUCGACCCUGGUCGAGCGCCUCGGGGAGGGCUUCCUCAAGUACAUGGACGCGUUCAAGCCUUUCCUGUGUCUCGGCCUGAAGAACCACGCCGAGUACCAGGUCUGCUGCUCCGCGGUCGGCCUCACCGGCGAUAUCUGCCGAGCCUUGAAGGGCAAGAUGCUGCCUUACUGCGACGAGAUCAUGACCCUCCUCCUGGAGAACCUGGGCAACGACUCCGUGCACCGGUCCGUCAAGCCGCAGAUCCUCGCCGCCUUCGGGGACAUCGCCCUGGGCAUCGGUCCCGAGUUCAAGAAGUACCUGGACGUGGUUUUGCAGACCCUGUCGCAGGCCUCGCGGGCCAACGUCGACAGGAACGAUUACGACAUGCUGGAUUAUCUGAAUCAGCUGCGCGAGGGCGUCCUCGAAGCGUACACCGGAAUUGUCCAGGGUCUCCGUGGCGACGGACUCACUCCCCUUCAAGAUGUCGCCCUGAUCGAGCCCCACGUGCCCUUCAUGAUCCAAUUCAUCACGACCAUUAGCCAGGAUCGAGAACUCUCGGAUGGGAAUAUUUCUGCUGCCCUCGGGCUACUCGGUGAUUUGGUCGUCGUCUUCGGGGAGAAACUCCUGCCCAUGAUCGACACCGACCCCAUCACCGAGCUACUCACCAAGGGCAGGAAGUCGAGGACCAAUAAGACCAAGUCCCUCGCCUCCUGGGCCACCAAAGAGAUCCGCAAACUGAAGAGCGUCACUAGCACCACGUCUAGUUGAUCACCCCGAGGUUGUACUGUGCGAUUUGAUUUAACUAGAAAGCUAUCGAACACAAUACAAAGACAACAGGAUUGGAUGGUACGGAUGCGAAUUGAUGGAUGUGCGUGAGUCCCGAGAGAGCGAGAGCGAGAGAGAGAAAAAAAAAAUGAAAGAAAAAAGCGGAUGCAAAUCCCGAGGAUUUACCGAAAGAAAGAGAGAGCGAGAGCGAGAGAGAGAAAGAGCGAGAACGUGGAGAACCUAAGAGGAGAGAAAGAGUGAGAGAACACGUGAAAGAAAGGAAAGCGAGGAAUGAAGAACGAAGGAAAGUCGGAGAGAGAGGAGAGAGCGAAAGUGAGAGAGAGAGAGAGAGAAAGAGAGAGAAAGAGAAAGAGAGAGCGUGAAUCCUGUGAGAGCGAAAGAGACGGAGCUGGAAGGAUGACCACGUGUGAGGAGGACCUGCCUGUCGAAGGUGCAUCCUGUGUACGUGUUCCCCGAUGUGUGGUGUGCGAGUCUAUUCUCUGUCUGCCGGAUGCCGCCCCACGGAUGACGCGACGAAGAGUGUAAGUGGAUCGAAGGAAUCGUUGCCGAUGAGACCGAUGAUACGUUUACCGAUGCGAAAGUGCGAAAUGUACGGAAGGGAGAGAGAGAGUGCCGCGUUUGCCUGGUCAAACGGAUUCAUAAGCGAGGGAGGGUGGCUGUCGCGUGGGGUACGCGAGGGAGAGAGGACGCGGGCGACCGGAAAUUACUUGGAACGGACGUACCCCUUCGAUUUCCGUUUCUCUUCCUUUCCCCCGUUUUUAUUAUUUGCCCCCCUCGGGGGCACUCGGGCUUGGGCCGUUAAGACUACCCCUUCGACGCCUCGGAUAAAACGCAGAAAACCACCUUAGGGCCAAACGCAAACGCGGGACGCGACGUCCAGGGGAAGAUCCGCGAGCUCGAGCGGAUAGUUGGCGCCUUCCUUGGAGUUAUUCCGUAGCCGGGGUAUAGUGGUACAUACCGGGGGACUACGGUCGUCCGUCCUAGCAAAAGGGUUUAAACGGAUGCCGGAUGAAAAGAUGAACGCGGACGUUAAGGAAGGGGGGCACGUCGGUACGGCCCGUUCCAAGUUCGAAGCGAGUGCGUGCGAGUGCGUGCGAGUGCGUGCAAGUGCGUGCGAGGUACUUAUGCGAAAAAGCGAAUGGGCGAAUGGGCGAAUGGGCGAAUGGACGUUUAGGGGAUAGGACGCGACCGAGCAAUUCCACCCGAAGACGUCGGCCCUCGGCGUCGGCCCUCGGCGUCGGCCCUCGGCGUCGGCCCUCGGCGUCGGCCCUCGGCGUCGGCCCUCGGCGUCGGAGCGUCGGCGAGACGCGAGGGUCGGAGAGCCGAGAAAACUCGGCCGAUCCGUUCGCCCUGGGGAGCCGGCGACCCGUGAUUGAUCGCGAUGCGCAUGAAUCUACCGUCUCGGAGGACGGCGACAUGUAUGUUAACUUUCCACUUCGUAUGCGAAUGUCUGUUUCUGCUGUUGAAUCAUUAAAGUUAAUAUUUUGCUGGCA